AUGAAUUCAUUAAGAGUCCUCACUGCAUCUAUGUGGCAGUCAUCGGGGAUCCUCUAUCACACCAUGCAAAGCAUGGCGGCUGCGUGCUUAACUAGGACUUUUCCGGAAAUGCACGCCGUUGCAACCAGAGAACGCCAGCUGGGUCUUCAAUGUCUAAAGAGUGGUAAAGAUGAAGAUGAGGACAAGAUGCUGGGAGCUAUACUACUUGGUCACACAGCAAGCUGGGUCAACCCCCACGAUUUAGCACACGAGAACUUCGACAAUGCGCUUGUCAUGCUGCACACCUGGGCUUCCAACACUCGGGACCAUUCUCGCCUCUCCUUCUUCGGUGGUGCAUUUGACUACUGGGCCAUGCUUCUCUCUUUUGUGUCUGAGACGAACCUAGAUAGGAAUUACCUGCGGCACUCCAUCGCUGAAGCCGGUCCUCCCAACGCUCACGAGUCGACCACACCACACUCAUUCAUUGGCACGUCGGGAAAGAUAGUUCAGAUUCUCACCGAUGUCGGCAUGCUUAUUUUCAAGCAUCGGAAGAGAGUAUCGGAGAUCGACUUCUUCUGCGAGGAGGACCUGGACUAUUUCCAGAACUCGAUUCGGAAAGCCCGCCAGCUGGAGCGCCGCCUCCUGGCAUUCAAACCGCUGAUCCCGACGAACAUCUACGAUCCCGGUGACGUAAAUACUCGCCCUCUACACUUUGUCAAAAUUGACGAGGCCCUUCAUUGCACUGGCCUGCUACAGCUGUACCGGGUUUUUCCAGAUUUGCUCAACGAUCGUUACCAGCCCUGGGACCGAAACACCCUGCUUCAGCCACAGCCAGCCUUGAAGAAACCAUCUCGGGAAGAAAGGAGUAUGUGGCUAACCAGCCUAGGUCUAUAUAUAGUCGAAAUCCUGCGAGACAUCCCAUUCGAGUCUCGAACACGCUGCAUGCAGCCAUUCAUGCUCGUAGCUGUCUCGUGUGAACUCCGCAUGCCGUCGGAUAUCGUGCAAGGCUAUCGUGAGGGAGGUAAUGCAUGCAAUGCAAUCGAGAUGGCUCAGGCACGCGACUUUGUGCGAUCUCGAAUGUCCGCCUAUAUGCAUGCCUUUCCUCUCCGCAAGAUUGAGAAGGUGUUUGAGCUCAUUACACAUAUCUGGUCUGAUAUGGAUAGGGAGGAGAAGGAUGUCUACUGGCUGGAUGUAUGCAAACGAAUGCGGCUGGGUACACUUAUGGGAUAA